AUGAAAGAGCGGAUCGUAUGGUUUACGGGCAAUCAGACAGACGUGAACGGGUCGGAGGCUAUGGACUACACGGCCGACAUGUCCACCAACACUAUCAACGAGAAAAUAGCCGACAAUUUGGACAAAAUUGAAAGAGAGAUCACUGUUAACAUCGAGCAUAACAACGAGUUUGAACGCAAACUGCUAUUUAAUAGUCACAACAAUUAUAAUGCUGUCGAUUAUAAUGACAAGUAUAACGUUGUUAACACACAACUGGCCGAUAAGGGGCCGGGCGUUGAACACAAUAACAAUAUCACAAUUAGUAGUACUAAUGAUAUGUCUUUUGAUGUGGAAGUAAACCAAUUCAGCGGUGAUGGUAGCGGUAGUGAUGAUGAUCGGCAACAGGUGCUCAUCACCACCGGUAACGAGACAAACAUAUCAAUGCCCGCAAUGAUAAUGAAUGGGAGCAUCACUGCCACCGAUCCGGGAGUGCGUACCCGGAGUGCCAUCCCUGUGGCCGACGACGCGGUCAUUGACACCGCAAUUAUUGUUAGACAAACACCAAGUGUUGCCAAUAAUCAGCGUUUUGUAAACAAUGUUUCGCUGAUAAAUACAGACGAGAUUAAUCUACAAAGUAAUACCAGUGGUACCGCUAAACCAUUGGGUGUCAGGCCCUCCGCACCCCCACUCCUACUCCAGCCAUACAAAACCGGUACACGAAAUGCACCCAAACUUCCGGCGCCAAUGAAUUCAAUAAAAAGUGAAAUCAUAAAAAUUAUAAUAUCCGAAAACAAUGCGAUGAAUAAUAAUGUAAACAACGGGCCGACGAUUGUUGGCGUGGAGAUGACACCAAACGCUAUGCAAACAGCCCAACAGCCCUACCGUACCGCCAGCACCAGUAUCUACACCACCACCUCCACCACCAGGGCAUCCCUCACCACCACCGCUGCCCCUAUAGCCCGACGCGUGACAAAACACCGGAGCAAUAGUAUACUCGAUCGUCUCCAACGGAUCGAUACUAAAAAGUAUAAAUUUGUCGAAAGUGCUGAAACACGUCCCCCGAAAAUUUUGGCCAAAAAUUGUCAGACAUUGAACGCAUUGAGCGCAUUAAUCAAAGACUAUAAUAAAACCUACAGUCGGUCCACAAGCGGACAAAUUGUGAUAGCGUUUAGUGACCGUCCGGACACCGGCGUCGAUCACCUGUGCCUAUACUUGAGUGCAGACCGGGAUUGCGGUGCAGUUUCCGCGAAAUGCGGGGAAAGUGUCGGUAAAAAUGACGGCAAUAUAUGUACAGAUGUUACGCAAAACGAGUGUAGACUGAGUCUAGUAUCGCAAACAACUGUGGAGUUUAGACAUAUAAUUGGUUGGUAUGGUUGCGAUAGCGCUGGCAGUUAUAGUAGUAGUGGUAGGGCUGGUGUUGGUGCUGGUGGUGGUGCCGGUGCUGACAGCUCUCAUAUCAUCAACCCCUCGACGACUGGCAACAACUUAUUAACUCAAUGCGAAUCGUUUGAAAUAAAGCCACAAAAUAGCGAUAAUAAGUCCGAAGAGGAAGAGAGUGGCCAUAAGAGGACUGUUGUGAUCAUAACGGCUACUGUUGUGCCCAUUAUUAUCCUAUGUGUCGCUAUUGUCUCCACGUAUUGCUAUUGCAAAAACCGGAAUAAAAAGUUAAAUUCACUCAACACUUAUCCUUAA